AUGAGAACAAAGCGAGAGGAAGAGUACAGCUUGCUGCAGAACCAGUUGUCUGAGAGCAUGCGUGAGUUUGAUGAGAGAUACGAAGCCUUGCGGGCUAAACACGCGAAGCAGCUGGAGGAAAUGGGGGAAGAGAUGGAUCAGAUGAAACGAGCCAAGACCGCGUCAGACAAGGCUCGAGCUCAGCUUGAAAACGAUCUAAUCAACGCCCAAGCUGAGCUGACUACGCUUCAGUCAUUUCGAAGUGAAAGCGAACGAAAGAGAAAGACAGCUGAAACGCAGCUUGCUGACCAAGCACUUCGGUUACAGCAGUACGCUGAAGAAAAUGAACAACUCGUUGCUAAAGUUACAAAGUUAGCCAGCGAUCUGGAUGCUGCUAUGAAAGGCCGAGAGAAGGAUGCAGAAACCAGUGGUAGCUUGUUGAAGAAGAUUGCCAAUCUUGAAAUGGAGAUCUCUGAAAUGACUGAGGCAGCGGAAGAAGCCACGAGGAACCGCUCAAAUCUCACGAUGAAGGUAAGGAAAGCAGAAGAUGAAGCAGCAGAGUUGCGAGAUGCUCAGGAUGAAUUAAAACAACUCCUGGAAAAAUCACAGAAGGAGGUGGCAUCGUUGAAGUCGCAGAUGUCAGAUGCGCGGAAACGAUUCGAUGAAGAGGUUUCCGAUGCGCGAAAGCUAUCACGUGAUUUGGCGACAGCUGAGAGCCGGGUCAGCGAAGCUGAAGCGGCUCGUGACAAGGCUGAACGCGCCAAAACGAAAGCGCAACAAGAGGCUGAAGACGCAUGCCGUGAAAUCACCGAAAUCACUGCUUCUGUAAGAGAAUACGAGCGUAAGCAAAGGAAGUUCGAUCAGCUAUUGGCUGAAGAAAAAGCGACAACGGCAAAAGCCAUGGCUGAUCGAGAUCUUGCUCAACAACAGGCCCGGGAUGCAGAAACGCGUUACUUGAACACGGUUAAAGAACUGAAAGACCUUCAAGGCCAGAUUGAGGGUAUUGAAAAAGAGCGGCGAAUGCUACGCCUAGAAGUCGAUAAUUUGGCGUCGACAAAGGAUGACGCAGGAAAAAGCGUAUUCGAACUGGAGAAGGCGAAAAAACGUCUCGAGGAAGAGCUAGUAGAAGCCAGAGAACAGAUUGCCGAAUUAGAAGACGCGCUACAAAUGGCUGAUGACGCAAAAACCAGAAGUGACGUGAUGCACCAGGCAGCUAAGCAGGAGUGGGAAAGACAGCUGUCGCAAAGGAAUGACGAGGAGGAGGAUCAGCGUCGUUCUCUUUCUAAACGACUGCGCGAACUAGAAGAAGAGCUGAAUGCGGAACAGCGAGUCAAAGCCCAAGCUGCA